GGUCGUGUGGAAUAGAUGCAUGUUGCGCACGUUGCGCGAGGCAUACUCUUUGAAAGUUGCACACGGCCGGCAACUGGAUUAUUCGAUUGGUGGGGACGUCCGUUCAAUAAAUACGACGCCCCGGCCGCUCUUCAACUCACAGACUAUCCAGCAGCGCAAUACGCAAGUGAGAUUUUCAAACUACCAAAAGACAACUACCAGAAACUACUAGAAAGAUGCCAGGACCCAGCGACAAGUGCGGAAAGGGCGGAUGUGGAGGAUCCUGCAACUGCGGAGACGGCUGCAAGUGCUGCGAUGCACCUGGAGAUAAAUGCGGCUGCAAAUCCGGCUCAGACUGCAAGUGCCAAGAUUGCAAAUGUACGUAGAAGUUGAUGAAACGAGAUGCUCACAAUCAGUGACGGAGGUUGACCGAACCCAAAAAUCCAACUCACUCUAAUUUUAAAUCGUACCGCAAUGUAGCGCGAUCUACGGUAUAAUCAGAUCGAAAUUCAUUCCCUCAUUCUGGAAAAAAUAAUCCAAGUUUGUUUUUAUAUUGAAUUUUUUUUUCUACACAUGUAAUUUAUAUUCAUUACGUCGUUGCGAUUCCAUUUCACCGUAUUAUUAUUAAUGUUUCACUCUAAGAUCUCCUAGAGAAUGUAAUUCAGUGUGUUUUAUUGGAAAAAAUGUAAAAUAAAAGUAGAAGAUGUUCUAAAAA